AUGAAUGUUAUUAAAGAAAAGCAGGUGAAUAAAGAUGAUGGUGCCGAAAAUAAGGAAGAAGAAGAGAAUAAUGCAAGUGAGACUGGGAAUAGCUUAUCACAGGAAUCAGCGAUGCUUGGAAACUCAUCGCUUCUUUGUGAUACGUUAUCAUCUCAUCUGGUUGGAUAUAAGCCUACCUCUGUACAUUCAACCCACGCCAUAUCUACUUCCUUAGCUUCUUCGCCAGCAUUAUCUUCAUGUGGCCUAGUUUCCGGGUCUCCUGCCUCAUGGACACUUGCUUCCAGGCCCCCCUCUUCAAAUGUGCCUUCAUCUAUCACAGAAUACAGUAGUAGUGGUGGCAUUGACUCUAAUUUCGACCCAAUACCUUUGGCAACUUUAGGUCCGCCGUCCCUGGGUCCAUCAAAAUCAAUGUCGUUUCUUACUACUCAGUCUAUCUCAUUAGUUCCACCGUCUACCUGCUCAUCGGUCUCUAUUGCGCCCAUUGUCUCCGACACAUUACAGCAGGCCAAUUUAACGUUAACUUCGAAUAAAUCUGUUUCUAUAUGUUCUUCAGCUCCGGCUACAGUUCAUUCUACAUUAACUAACCCGGUGCUAGACGCUUUCGUCACAUCGAUGUUGACAAACUCGAAGCCAUGA